AUGAAACUCGUUAAUCUUCUCAAAGGCCUUCUACUGGCCGCAAGCAUCCCUGCUUCUCACGCAGAAAUAAUUUCUACUCUCGCGAUAAAAGAUUCCACGAUUCUUCGCUCCACAGUGAGCUGCGCGGACUGCCCUGACCGCAACUGCUAUGAAUGCACCCUAGGUCAAAAGAUGACUCUGGAGGCGAACACGGGCGGCUUGGCUUAUAUUCGCAUGCUGAUUGGCUUCCAUGUUCCUGUUGAACCAUCACGGAUAACUCAAUGUACUGUGCGACUUGGGACAUUCACCUCUCCCCUGGAGUAUUCUGUCAAUGUGACAGUGGCUCAAGCCGUGUCUUCGCAGUGGAGCGAGGACACUGUUACUGGUCAAAACGCACCAGAUUCAGGUGAUCCUUUUAACUCGAUUGCCGUACGACCCCAUACUGAAAUAGGAUCUAUUGAUAUUACGCAGGCAUGCAAAAAUGCCGCAGGAGACGGCCAGUUCUCAAUCUAUGUUGGGAAAUCGUGA